AUUGUCGGAAUCUAAACGCCAAAACGUCGUCGUACCGCCCACCACCACCGUCUUCUCUCUCCCUCCCUUCAGUCCUCAUUUUUGUAGCAGAGAGCUCUGAAUUGAAUCAAGACGGAACGCUUUCCUGAAUUUUUGAAUUUUUCCCUUUUUCCCCUUUAGCCUUUUCUCGUUGUCGCUGACGAUCACUAGCUCGCUACUCAGCUCAUUACAAGCAGCUUUAUUAUUAUUAUUAUUUUUGGCUCCGAGUCUUGUUGAUUUUGUUUGAACCAACUGAGUAAUGAGACUAUAGUUGUUGCCCUUCUGAUACUUUACGUCGUUGCGAGUAUGGAGAAAGCAUCUGCAGAUUGUCCUUAUCCAGGAUGUUUUUUUUGCGUUAUGAAAGAAGGUAAUCCUAGUAAGCGCAGAGCGAGUAUCUUGAAAUUCUUUAGGGAACUUCCUUCUCAAGAUGAUGAUGGUCAAGUUCUCCCCAUUAGUGGCCUUUGGAACACAGCAAUGGCACAUCCUAAUGAUCCUGAGUUUAUUGAAUUGGGGAUAUUUGAGUGUAUGGCUGCACUUAUAUGGAAGGGACUGAAAAAUCGCCGCUGGCUUUCUCAUGACCAAAACAUUUACAUUCCGUAUUACGCUGCACAUAUCAUUGGAUCUUACACGAUGAACAUGGAGGAGUUUGCUGAGAGUGCUGUGCAUGCUGGGGUAAUUCCGCCUCUGGUUGAACUUUUGAGGGGAAGGUUAACUUGGGUUGAGCAGAGGGUAGCUGUUCGUGCCCUCGGUCAUCUGGCGACAUAUGCAAGUACUUUUCCUGCCGUGGCUAGUCAUGCUGAGAUACUUGAGCUCUCAAUUCAACUGGCAAUGAGUUCUCUUGAAAUUGUUUAUACUCACUUUUAUCAGUAUGUAGACAGAAGGCUUAGUUAUCACUGUGAUCUGCUUACUCGUGGAAUGGGCGGAGUUGAGAUGGAAUCCAGGAAGGCGGAGGAAUGGGCCAGUCAGUUACAGUGUUGGUCCUUACAACUCAUCAAUUGCUUUGCAUUCAAACCCGAGUUUCUUCCGACUAUAUGCAAGCCUGAAUUCCUAGUAAAGCUACCUGGCAUGUGGGGCGGUCUUGUUAAUGAAAAUUCUCCAGCUGGUAUCGGUUUAUUAAGAACAAUCUGCCAUCAUAAACUUGGCAGGGGACCUGUUGCUUGCUGUCCCAGUAUUAUUGAAGCAUUGUGUAACAUUGCCCGCUCUUCAGACGAUUGGCAGUCUAUGGCUAUUGACUGUCUCAUGUGGUUGCUUCAGGAUCCAAAUACAAGCCAUAAGGUGAUCGACAAAGCCGCUCCUACACUUCUGGAUCUUGCAGAGAUAUCAUCCCUGGGUGAUCACAGGAAACUGGGGGAAUCCAUAAUUAAUGUUCUUCAGGAAUGUAUCCAAUCACAAGGGACCGGACGCAAUUCUAUUAGCAGUCGUACAAAGGAACAGAUCGAAGAACUAUUAAAAUCAAGGCAGAGACUCAAGUGGGAAAAGAAUAUGCCAAAAGAGGAUCUCCGAAUCAAGCAAGCUGCAGCGCUAGUGAUUAAGCUUGAAGGAAAUUCCAUGUUUUCAUCAGGAAAUAUAUCUGCAGCUGCAUCCAAGUACUCAGAAGCUCUAGCAUUAUGUCCCAUGAGAUCCAAAAAGGAACGAGUCGUUCUGUACAGUAAUCGUGCCCAGUGUUGUCUUCUGUUGCAGCAACCCUUGGCUGCCAUUGGUGAUGCCACACGUGCUCUCUGUCUUCACAAUCCCGUAAAUCGUCAUGCUAAAAGUCUUUGGAGAAGAGCUCAAGCAUAUGAUAUGCUUGGCUUGGCUAAAGAAAGUCUAUUGGAUGCCAUAUUGUUCAUAAACGAGUGCUCUCAGUCCAAUGACCCUGAUCUUUCGUUAAGGCAAAACAAGGUUCCUGACUACGCCGAGCGACUCGUUAAGAAGCAGAUGCGUGCAGCUUGGUUAUUCAGGGAGGCAGCUAUUAAACAUGGAAAUGUCCAAUGUGAAGAUGGUGCUGGUGAUGUCUAUGGUAGAGAGACCGAUGAUUCUGAAUGGGAAACAGCCAGUGAAAGUGAUAUCGGAAAUGAUGGAAGGGACGAAAUGGGUGACGAAGAAGACGACGACGAAGACUGCGAUUGGAAGGAUGAAGAUAAAUACGAUAAAUCUUCAAUCAAAGAGAUGUAGCCAUGGAUUAAAUGUGCAGCUUGCUGAGAACGAAGCAUAAAUUAGAGGAACCACAAAGCAGCUGUGAGCAUUACAUUAAGCAGGAUCUGAAGAAAUCAUCUUUCUGAUCAUUCAUUGUUCAAAAAGUAAAACUUGAAUCUCUUUUUGUUCUUACUACUCAUGAUUUUGUUUUCCCCAAACUUAGUUUUCGAUCAAAUCCCCAACUGUAGAAAGUGAAUUAGGAAUGUCUAGAAGUUCUCUCCCCUUUUUUUCAGAGUGAUUGAUUUUUACAAGCCUGUGUACAUACAGAAUUCCCAGUGUUCUUUUAUUUUUAAACUGCAUAUUCCAAUCUUAUCAUUGAUUCUCGUA